GGUCACACUUCACCGCUUGAAGAGUGAGAGAGCAGAAAACCUGCCGAAAGAGCUUCCAAUGGCGACAGUGGGGAGCGUUUUGCUAAAGCACCUUAGGCUGAGGGUGCAGGUUCAGGCCGUGCCCAGAAACCCUAGCUACGUGCUCUCCUUCAGCGCGAUACGACGCCGUUUCUUCUUGGAGGACGUUAGGGGCCCCUUCCUCGACAAAUCCGAGGUCGCGGAUUGGGUCAUCUCCGUCGUUAAGAACUUUCAGAAGGUCGAUCCUUCCAAGGUCACACCAAAUGCCAAUUUUCAGAGUGAUCUUGGGUUGGAUAGUUUAGAUGCUGUGGAGAUCGUGAUGGCACUUGAAGAGGAGUUUGGAUUUGAGAUUCCUGAUAAUGAAGCGGACAAGAUUAACUCCGUCAAUCUUGCCGUUGACUUCAUUGCUUCCCAUCCUCAGGCAAAGUAGAGAGGAAGUAUGAUGCCUUAUGAUUUUCGUAUGUUUUUUCUCCUCUGACUAAUUAGGUAUCAGUAGAAAUCUUGAACAUUUGAACCUUUCAAUUUCUUUAUGCUUUCUUUCCCCCCGGGAAAUGCUACUCAGUUUUACAGC